AUUUAAUCCCCGCGACUGCAGCAGCGCCGGCUCCCUCCCGGUCCCCGCCUCGGCCCCGGGCUUGGAAGCGGCUCGGGGGCGCCCUUUCGGCCAGAGACGUUGUCUGCCCCCUCCCCAGCCCCAGUCCCUGGAGACCCAGGAUCGCCAGCGCCCAGCCAGGGAGCCGGCCGGGAAGCGCGAUGGGGGCCCCUUCCGCCCUGCCCCUGCUCCUGCUUUUCGCCUGCUGCUGGGCGCCCGGCGGGGCCAACCUCUCCCAGGACGGCUACUGGCAGGAGCAGGAUUUGGAGCUGGGAACUCUGGCUCCACUCGACGAGCCCAUCAGCUCCACAGUCUGGAGCAGCCCUGACAUGCUGGCCAGUCAAGAUAGUCAGCCCUGGACAUCUGAUGAAACAGUGGUGGCUGGCGGCACAGUGGUACUCAAGUGCCAAGUGAAAGAUCAUGAGGACUCCUCCUUGCAGUGGUCUAAUCCUGCCCAGCAGACGCUCUACUUUGGGGAGAAGAGAGCCCUUCGAGAUAAUCGGAUUCAGCUGGUUAGCUCUACACCCCAUGAGCUCAGCAUCAGCAUCAGCAAUGUGGCCCUGGCAGAUGAGGGCGAGUACACCUGUUCCAUCUUCACUAUGCCUGUGCGGACAGCCAAGUCCCUCGUCACUGUGCUCGGAAUCCCACAGAAGCCCAUCAUCACGGGUUACAAAUCAUCAUUGCGAGAAAAGGACACAAUGACGCUAAACUGUCACUCUUCUGGGAGCAAACCUGCAGCCCAGCUUACCUGGAGGAAGGGUGACCAAGAACUCCAUGGAGAACCAACCCGAAUACAGGAAGAUUCCAAUGGAAAAACCUUCACAGUGAGCAGCUCAGUGACAUUACAGGUUACCCGGGAGGAUGAUGGAGCAGACAUCGUGUGCUCAGUGAACCAUGAAUCUCUAAAGGGAGCUGACAGAUCCACCUCUCAACACAUUGAAGUUUUAUACACACCGACUGCAAUGAUUAGGCCGGACCCUCCACAUCCCCGUGAAGGCCAGAAGCUGUCGCUACACUGUGAGGGUCGUGGCAAUCCUGUCCCCCAGAAGUACCUUUGGAUGAAGGAGGGUAGCGAUCCACCUCUGAAGACGACCCAGGAGAGCGCGCUCAUCUUCCCCUUCCUCAACAAGAGUGACAGUGGUAUCUACGGCUGCACUGCCAUCAGCAACAUGGGCAGCUACACGGCCUACUUCACUCUCAAUGUUAACGACCCCAGUCCAGUGCCCUCGUCCACCAGCACCUACCAUGCCAUCAUCGGCGGGAUUGUGGCUUUCAUCGUCUUCCUGCUGCUCAUCCUGCUCAUCUUCCUCGGCCACUACUUGAUCCGGCACAAAGGAACCUACCUGACGCACGAGGCCAAGGGCUCUGAUGAUGCCCCAGAUGCGGACACAGCCAUCAUCAACGCAGAAGGCGGGCAGUCAGGAGGGGAUGACAAGAAGGAAUAUUUCAUCUAGGGGCACCUGCUCACCUCCUGUGCCCCCCAGGGGCCCCGUGGGGACUGCUGGGGCCGUCACCAACCUGGACUUGUACAGAGCGACCCCAGGGCCGCCCCUCCCGCUUGCUCCCCAGCCCACCCACCCCCCUGUACAGAAUGUCUGCUUUGGGUGCGGUUUUGUACUCGGUUUGGAAUGGGGAGGGAGGAGGGCGGGGGGGAGGGGAGGGUUACCCUCAGCCCUUUCCGUGGCUUCUCUGCGUUUGGGUUAUUAUUAUUUUUGUAACAAUCCCAAAUCAAAUCCGUCUCCAGGCUGGAGAGGCAGGGCUCCUGGGGUGAGGAAAGAAAAAAAAAAAAAAAAUGAAAGAAAAAAAGAAAAACAAAAACAAAAAAAAACAAAAACAAAAAAUGAAAAAACAAAAUCAAAAAAAAAGAAAAAAAAGAAAAGAAAAGAAAACCUGGAAUGCUCGAGGAGAAUGAAGGUGGAGGGGUAGGAAAUGGGUAAGGAACAGGGCUGUUUCGGAGGUAGGGGCUCUCCCCAGACCUCUUCCCUCUAUUCUCCCAGCAGAGGAGGUUCCCAGACUUCAGAGACCCAGGAACAGGAAGGUUGUGAGCAGGGGCUGGUGGUAGCUUUUCCUCUGCGAGCCAUGCACUGUGAGUCAUGGAUAGGGAGACAGGUGCCACCCUGAAGCAGAGUGGAAAAGUUGUCUGGGAGAUGUGACCUGGAGCCAUGUGGGGACCCAGGGCUUUAACACUGGGAGGACACGGGUCCCUGUAAAGAGGGUAGAUUUGGAGAGAAAGGACUGAUGGUGGAGAAAGCCCUGUCCACCCCUCCUCACGAUGAAUGAAACCAGGCCUUGGGGGACAGCAGAGCUCAGCUGCCCUUCCUAGUCCCAGCAGCUGUGGGAGAGGCGCUGCUCUGGGGCCUGAACCGCAUCUGCUUCCCCGCCAAGGUGUCCCUCACUCUUACCUACCACCCUGGACUGUUGCACGGCAACCGCUCCUCUCAUGGCAUUGCUCAGCAACUCCUCCAACAUCUUGUGCCACCUUGUGCCCCUUCCUAUCCCCUAUACCAGCCUUCGUUCCUUCCUCCCUCAGCAGCCAGGCAGACAUAACAACAAAAAUACUAAAAGGAGCUUCACUGCA